UUUCCUUGUCAACUUUACCUGCCCCUUCUUUAAAUGAUUUGUCUCAUUAUGUUUUAAGUACUUUAGUGAACAUGUUGUAUCUUUGCCCACUCCCUUUGAAUUAUAGUUAAAUCACUUUCACUUAAACAAAAAACAGGUUAUUGUCAGUUAGCCAGAAUAUGUGCAAUUAUGACAAAUGAUAGACAUUUAGGCCUAUAAAACGAUUAUCAAAUCAAAUGUACGACUUGCCAUGAAAUCGAUAUCCAAUAACUCGUGUGUAUCAAUUUGGUCUGACAUUUCUAUAGGCUGGCACUUCCCCUAUCCCAUUGGUGGUAUAAUAAAAGUCUGUAGUAUUAUGCAUUGUUACAAAGUUUGUUUACUUAAAAUCAAUUUGUAUGAUAGCACGAUUUCCGUAGAGCUACAGCGACUGAUAAUACGUUCAACACUGGCACUGGCUUUCCAUAACAAACAGGGAAGCGAAGAUGAACAGUGAUUGAAAACACUUUUGCAGCAGUGAUUCCGAGUCAGGUUCCAGUGCCAUAGAGCCGUUGAAAUCAGAAUUGCCACGUUAUGACCUUAAGCUGAUACUGACACAUCCCAGUUAAGACGUAUAUGUAUUUUAUGUUUUCGUAGCUUUGAUGCGGAACUCAGUCCGAGAGCUUGAAAUGUAAAUUGCUUGGUUAGCUAGCAAAUUAGCUAGCCAGUGUUAGCUAACUUACUUGACUGACAACCGGCUGUCAGAGCUUGCAGUGCAGUAUCAAGGGCUGAUAUCUCACUUUGGUGUGGACCACCUUUACGAAGAGUGGACUCAAUUCAAACUCAAGAGUUGCACCUCCAAAAUGGAGCCCUUUGAUGAAGAGCGAGCUCCACUGCCGAGGAAUAUGAUUGAGAACAGCAUGUUUGAGGAGGAGCCAGACGUGGUGGACCUGGCCAAGGAGACGACCCCCUCCUACCCCCUCGACCCAGACGACGUGGUGUACGAGCCCCGCACCUCGCGCCUGCUCGUCCGCGGCUUGGCUGAGAACGACGCGGACGAGGAGGAGGAGGACUACGAGUCGUCUGCCCGGCUGCUGGGCAUGUCGUUCAUGAACCGCAGCUCCAACCAGCGCACCAGCGCCUCUGCCUUCACCCGACAGGAGCCCUCCAGCUUCUGCUCCAUGCCCUCAACCAAGACCCUGGUGGCUGGGGUCUUCAUUCUGGUGCUGGUCGCCUCCAUGGUCAUGGUUGUCUACUUCCUGCCCGGUUGCACGUUCACCAAAGACGGAUGCAAGAAAUCCAACGCCUCGCAGGAGGUCGUCUUCCCAAUCUCAGAGAGUGGGGAGCCGUUCCCCUGGGCAGAUCUGAGAUUGCCUGGUGUCGUGGUCCCCGUGCAUUACGACAUCUUGCUACACCCCAACCUGACCACCAUGACCUUCCAGGGAACGGUCUCCAUCACCAUGACACUUCAGCAAGACACCGACAAGCUUAUCCUGCACAGCUCCAACUUGAAAAUCAGCAGAGCGACUUUCGAAGGUAAAGAGGUCAAGCCGUUGGAAUACAAGCUUUGGCAACAAAUCGCCAUUACAUUUCCGAAACUCAAGAAGGGACAGCAGUGCACGCUGAAGCUGGACUAUUCAGCAAACCUCUCAAACCGCUACGAUGGAUUCUACAACAGCUCCUACCUAGACACAACUGGCACCAGACGAGUUCUGGCUGCAACCCAAUUUGAGCCUUUAGCUGCCCGCAAGGCUUUCCCCUGCUUCGACGAGCCAGCCUUUAAAGCUACAUUUUCUGUGAAGAUAAAGAGAGAAGCCAGAUAUAUAAGCUUAUCUAACAUGCCCAAGACCAGUACUACCCCUCAGCCGGAUGGGCUUCUGCUGGAUGAGUUUGAAAAGAGUGUGACCAUGAGCACUUAUCUGGUGGCCUUCAUCGUGGCCAACAUGAGCAGUGUCAGCCGCAACGUCAGUGGAACCGAGGUCUCGGUGUAUGCUGUACCAGACAAGAAGGAUCAAGUCCACUAUGCACUGGACAGUGCUGCAAAGCUGCUGGAGUUCUACAACGGGUUCUUUGACAUUGACUACCCCCUAAGCAAAUUAGAUAUGGUGGCCAUCCCUGACUUCCUGGCUGGGGCCAUGGAGAACUGGGGACUCAUCACAUUUCGGGAAACGACGUUACUGGUGGGGAAUCACUCGUCACCCCUAGACAAGCAGCUGGUGACUUCUGUCAUUGCACAUGAACUCGCCCACCAGUGGUUUGGAAACCUUGUCACCAUGAUGUGGUGGAAUGACCUGUGGCUUAAUGAAGGCUUUGCCUCUUACAUGCAGUACAUGUCCAUCGAGAAAUUAUUCCCUGAACUUGACAUCGACAAUGAGUUCCUCAACGUUCGUUUCAGAGCUUUGGCUAAAGACUCGCUGAACUCGUCCCAUCCUAUUUCGUCCGUGGUGAAAACCCCAGAACAAGUGGAGGAAAUGUUUGACUCUGUGUCUUACGAGAAGGGUGCCUCAAUACUUCUCAUGGUUAAUUCCACACUGAAUGAUGGAGAAUUCCGGAAAGGAGUUAUUGAGUAUCUUAAGAAAUUCAAAGAUCGUAAUACAGUCAACGAAGACCUGUGGAACAGCCUCUCCUCGGUGAGUAAACUGCCCUUCGGCGUAGCAGAGAUGAUGAACACCUGGACUCUUCAAAAGGGCUUUCCUCUUGUCACCGUGGACAGAACAGGCUCUAAAGUCAAGCUGUCACAGGAACACUUCCUCCUUGAUGCUGGGAAUUUCACUUCCAAGAACUUGUGGCACAUUCCGCUGACAUACGUCAAUGACAGCUGCAGCAUGGCCAGCGGCUGCAAGCAGGUGUUCCUCCUCAAAGAAAAAUCAGCCAAUUUGGACAUCCCUGCUGGUGUCAAGUGGUUGAAAUUUAACUACAAAAACGAGGGCUUCUACAUUGUGGAUUAUGGAGUGGAAGGCUGGAAAGCUCUCAUAGAUGCCCUGCAGCAAGACGUGAAUAUCCUCUCUCAUGAUGAUCGAGCUGCUCUCGUUAACAACAUGUUCAUGCUCUCAAGACUGGGCAAGGUGUCUUUCAGGCAGGUGUUGAAUCUGCUUGCCUACAUGUCCAAUGAGACGGAGACGGCUCCACUCACUGAGGGCCUGGGCCAGCUCAUGCACAUACUCAGGAUGCUGGAGAAGAGACAGGACCUGAACCUGGUGGGCAGGAUGAAGGCGUACAUCAUCGGCCAUUUCCAGGCUCUGAUGGACAGCCAGUUGUGGGAGGAGGAGAGCUCCGUGGCCAAGCAGACCCUGCGCUUCACCCUGCUGGAGAUCUCCUGCAGCUUCAACAGGGGCAACUGCACAGACAAGGCCAUGGCUGUCUUCCACAAUUGGGUGGCCUCCAAUGGGACAGAACACAUCCCUGGUGACCUGAUGAGGGUGGUGUUCACCCAGGCGGCUAAGACGGAGGACGGCUGGAACACACUGCUGCAGGCCUACAGGCACUCCAUCUACGACUUGGAGAAGCGCAAGAUGCUGGAGGCCCUCGCCAGCACACAGAAUGUCUCCAAAAUCGUCUGGAUACUGAAAGCUGGUCUGAGCGGAAGUGUCAUUCAGAACCAGGAACUCCCGCUGGUCAUCAGCACAGUGUGCAAAAGCUUCGCAGGCUAUCUCUACGCAUGGAAUUUCGUCAAGGAAAACUGGGAAAAGAUCACUCAAAGGUGAUAUGGGAAUGUUGCUUAUGGCUCAU